AUUCCUUUCCCUAGUGUCCAGCAGCACCAUAAUAUCUAAGUCACCGUCCCCACCUCCUCAAUUGAUAAUACUUCAUUAUUAUCAAUUUAUCACAACCAACACUUGAACAAAAUAUAACUACAAUGGCUCCAGCUCUGUGCCUAUCACUUCUAACUUCCCUUACAAUUACACCAACGCCAGGUAUUUAUAUUAAGAACCAUGCAAAUUCAAAGCACAACAGAGUCAACUCUGUGUUUCAACGUUCUUCCACUUCUAAACUCAUUGCAAAGGCUAAUGCAAAAGGAAACCAGCAAAACACCAAACCCAAUAGUAUGAUAUGUGCAGAUUGUGAUGGAAAUGGAGCAGUUCAAUGCUCUCAGUGCAAAGGUAGUGGGGUGAACUCUGUUGAUGUUUUCAAUGGACAGUUUAAAGCUGGUGACUCAUGCUGGCUUUGCGGGGGAAGGAAGGAAAUGUUAUGUGGAAAUUGCAAUGGAGCUGGAUUUGUGGGUGGCUUCUUGAGCACUCAUGAUCAGUAGGGAAGUGGGAACCCAUGAUUACCUCAAUGAAUUUAAUUUUAUUACUUUCAAGUGACAAAUAUAUGCAUACAUGUAUAUUGUAUAGUGGGAAUUCAAAAUUCAUAUAUUAAGAAAAGUUUUGUGUUUGGAUGUCAUAGAUGUAACAACAUAGUUUUCGGGUACGCGAGAUCUUUUCUAAAGACACGGAGUUUAUUAGAAGAUUAGUGAAGAGAACACCUUUGCUGUA